GGCCUCGGCCUGAGGAGGUGUGGCCGGAAUCGGCAUUGGCACCGCCCUUCCCAGCAGGGGCGCCAGAGAUGACUAGUUGACGCUUCUUCCGUCACACGUCAUCCCACUUCCACUGGUCCGACUGUUCUCCAAGGAGGGACGCCCGGAGCCUAUACGUCACUGCUCUGCGCCGGAAGACUCUGUUUUUGGGGUUUUCUUCCCUCAACACCUACCCCUUCCCCGGUCCCAGAAGGUCUUGGGAUAUGAGCCGGAAGAGGCAUCGUCUGGUCCCAGAGACCUUUGGACUGAAGAGGCGGAGGGAACAAGUACCUAUAGAGGCAGUUCCUGUAAGGGGCGAGUCAGGGUCGGCGCGCGCUGCAGUCGCGGAGCUGGUGCAGCUGUUCCCGCGAGGCCUGUUUGAGGACGCGCUGCCGCCCAUCGCUCUGAAGAGCCAGUUGUACAGCCUCCUGCCCGACCGGACGGUGGCUGACCGGCAGCUGGUGAGGGGCGCCAGGGCGACCGACAAAAGCUUCCCUGCUUCGCGGAAGGAGCUUCAAGAGCAGGGGGAGGUCAGAAUCAUUCAGCUAGGCUUUGACUUGGAUGCCCAUGGAAUUAUCUUCACCGAGGACUACAGGACCAGAGUCCUCAGGGCCUGUGAUGGCCGACCAUAUGCGGGAGCAGUGCAGAAAUUUCUGGCUUCAGUGCUUCCAGCCUGUGGGGAUCUUAGCUUCCAGCAGGACCAAAUGACACAGACCUUUGGCUUCAAGGACCCAGAGAUUACGCAGCUGGUGAAUGCUGGAGUCCUCACUGUCCGUGACGCUGGGAGUUGGUGGUUAGCUGUGCCUGGAGCUGGGAGAUUCAUUAAGUAUUUUGUUAAAGGGCGCCAGACUGUCCUUGCCAUGGUCCGGAAGGCCAAGUACCGGGAACUACUCCUCUCGGAGCUCCUGGGCCGCCGGGCACCUGCUGCAGUGCGACUUGGCCUCACCUACCAUGUGCACGACCUCAUUGGGGCUCAGCUGGUAGAUUGUGUCUCCACCACUUCUGGAACCCUCCUCCGCCUGCCAGAGACGUGAGGAUUCUGCUUGUUGCAUAUCUCUCCAGAGUACGAGAGGAGCCCAGGAGUACUGCCCAGUGGUGGCUGAGACAGGGUCACCUAGGGCAGGCUUGGGAGCCAGGAAGAGUUUUGGGCUCAUGUCCAUGCAAACGUUGAGAUGUAACUGCUGCUGUUUACCUGGGCUCUGACCCAGUGGUGGGGUUGGGCAAUGCUUCUCCAUCCGUCCAUGGAUGUGGAGCCAGAAGCCAUUCCAAGGCCAUGGCUGUUGCCUUUCAUGCAGGAAGGUACUGCUGUUACUCUGUCUUGGUAUAGGAUGAUGGGGUUUUUAGGGAGGCUGGUGAGAGGAUGGUACUCUCCCUUGCAUGUUACACUGAAACUGCCAAAUAAAGUACUUCUGCCUCUUCUGUU